AUGACCGGAAAGAUUUGUUUUGUACUUUGCAUUAUAACCUUAUCAUUCACUCUCUGUAUCAUAACUCAAGUUAACGCUGACACUGAACAUUUACCACCAUCAAAAAAAGUAUCACCUCCGUUAAUAGAAGAAGCCGAGAAUAAUAAUUCGGAUCAAAUAAACACCGAAAAUUUAAAGUCAUUAUUACUUCCAUUUAUUCUUGUCUAUAAUAUAAUUUACACUUUAAUAUCAUAUAUAUGGACAUUCAUUCUUUAUGUCUUAAGUCCGGUAUUUUGGAUAUUAGGAAUUUUAUAUAACGUAUUUAUUCUAACACCUUAUACUAUUACACAAAAGAUAAAUUCUUAUUUUUAUCCAUUAUAUAUGUUUUUGACGUCAGCAGCUUUAAUUGGAAUCCUUGUUGGUGGUAUGGCAGGAUGGUUCUCCGAGGUUAUUACUAAAUUAUUGAUCUCUUCUACAAGUGAUGAAUUAGCUUAUGAGGAACAAGAAAAUAAUAGAAUUAAAGCAGAAAAACUGAAAAGACGUGCUCAGGCUUUAGCAAAUUAUAAGGCAAGAAAUGGUGGAAGAAUGCCUGAAGAAUUUUAUGAUAAAUAUUAUAAUGUUCAAAAUAAACAAGGGAUAAUACAACAAAGAGGAAUGAUGGAAGGGUAUGGAUCUAAUUAUUAUAAUAAUAAUUAUAACAAUAUGGAUCAUUACAGAAGUUAUGAGGGUUCUGGUGUAGGAGAAAUUUAA